AUGACGCACUACCUGCGCAGCCGCCACGAUGCCAUCUGCGUGGGUGUCGGCACCGUCGUCGCCGAUGACCCGGCGCUCAACUGCCGCAUCGAGGGCGUCGGCCUCAAGAAGCAGCCGCGUCCUAUCAUUAUCGACCCGAGCUGCCGGUGGGAGGUGUCAGCGCGGAGCAAGGUGCUCGAGGUCGCGCGAGCGGGCCUGGGACUCGCGCCGUACGUCAUCACCUCGAGAUGGGACGUCGACCCUGCGAGACGGGGGUUGCUCGAGCAGCACGGCGGCAAGUUCAUCACGGUGCAGAUGGACGCGGCGGGCAGCGGUCGGUUUGCGUGGCGGGAUAUCCUGGCGGCGCUUCACCGCGAGGGCCUAGGCAGCGUCAUGAUUGAGGGCGGCGGCCAGGUCAUUAACUCGCUGUUAGCACCUACCAGUCACCAUUUGGUCGACUCUGUCAUUGUAACCAUCGCGCCGACGUGGUUGGGCCAGGGAGGUGUAGUCGUCUCUCCUGAGCGAGUCGAGCAAAAUGGCACUGCCAUUUCGGCGGCGAGACUGUCUCACGUCUCAUGGCAUCCUUUUGGAGAGGAUGUAGUGCUGUGCGGAAGGCUCGGACCUCAACAGUAG